AAGUAUUUUGUCCCGCCAGCCGUCGUGGCUGCACCUAGCUUCUCCCGGCUGGGCCUCCUCAGAGCCGCCCGCCAUGGCGUCGGAGCUCCCGCGAGCGUCUGAAGGCGAGGGCAUCAAGUUAUCAGCUGAUGUCAAACCAUUUGUUCCCAAAUUUGCUGGGCUAAGUGUGGUGUGGCCAGAGUCCUCAGAAGCUUGUGUCUUCCCUAGCUGUGCAGCCACAUACUAUCCAUUUGUUCAGGAACUGCCAGUGACCGAGCAGAAAAUAUAUACGGAAGAGAUGGCCUUUGGAGCUUCAACUUUUCCACCUCAGUAUUUGUCUUCUGAUGUAACUAUUGAUCCGUAUACCUAUUCUCCUUAUACCCUUGAAUCUACACAAAAUGUUUGUUCAGUGCCUACCUCCCAGUAUGAAUACAAUCAACCCAGUUGUUACCAAGAUUUACAAGCCGCUAAGCCCCAAAGUGAGCGCAUGUAUCCUCUCCCUCAAGAAAUUAAAGGUUUGCUUAAGAAAAAGACAUAUGAUGAGCCAAAGUUUGACAGUAGAAGAGCUGGUAUAAAAUCAGCUAAAGGCUCCCAUCAUAUACACAUUCAUGCAGAAAAUAGCUUUAAAUCAGAUGUCUAUCAUAAUAAACGAACUGACAGGAAAUCCAGAAUAAUAGAGAAGAAUGGUUCUACCUCCAAACUUGAAUUUGAAUUUACCAGGGUGGAUUUUCCUGAACUGCAAGGUCCAGAAAACAAUGGUAUAUUAGAGAUGCCAAAACAACCCAAAUGGGGCCCUUUGCGCUCUGCUACAACCAACAUCUCUCUCCUAAGAGAAGUAAAACCACUUGCAGUAUUAUCCGAGGGUGAAAGAGUGGUCAAAAAUAAAAAUGCAACUCAAUCAGUAGCUGAUAAUGAUGCUAACAGUUCAACUUCAUAUACAAGAGAGUUAUCUUGGACACCAAUGGGUUAUGUUGUACGGCAGACAUUGUCUACAGAACUGUCACCAGCCACUAAAAAUGCUACUUCCAUGAAAAGCCUAAAGACAGUUGCUUCAGCAGCAGAUCCUAAAAUGUCCAAAGAUUUACAAAGUGACAACCUUGAACAAAAUGAAGUUUCAAGAAAGAGUAAGAAAAAGAAAGAAAAAUCUAAAUCAAAAUAUGAAGUUCUAACAGUUCAGGAGCCACCAAGGAUUGAAGAUGCUGAUGAGUUCCCCAAUUUGGCAGUUGCUGCUGAAAGAAGAAACAGGGGAGAGUCAACAAAAUGUCAAUCCAGACAGCAACAACAGAAGGAUUUUAAAAACAGUGGAAAGAAGAGUGAAAUUCCAGUUCAGCUGGAUUUGGGCAGAAUGCUCACAGCCUUGGAGAAAAAGCAGCACUCCCAGAAUGCAAAGCAGUCUUCCAAACCUGUGGUGGUCUCAGUUGGUGCCGUGCCAGUUCUUUCCAAAGAAGCAACCUCGGGGAUGAAGAACCACCACUUACAUCAGGUGCAAACCCCUCACAACCCCUUAGACUCCAGUGCCCCGCUGAGGAAGAAAGGGAAGCAACGAGAGGUUCCCAAGGCCAAGAAACCAACGUCUUUGAAGAAGAUUAUUUUGAAGGAACGGCAGGAGAAAAAGCAGCAGCGUCUCCAAGAAAAUAUUGCCACUGACAUGCAAGAUGUAGAAAGCAGUGGUGACGACCAGUCCUUUCAGCAGGAUGACCUUUCAGGGGAAGUGGAAGAAUCGAUCUCCUCCACUCUUGUAGAGAAAAGAAGGUCAGAAGAGCCAUUCAGAGCAGAGCCCCAGAGUGACUCAGAAACCUGCCAUCUUAGUCUCGACUCAGCCAGCUUUCCGAAGAUUCACAGCCGGAGGUUCAGGGAUUACUGCAGCCAGAUGCUUAGUAAAGAAGUUGAUGCUUGUGUUAUGGAUCUUCUAAAAGAACUGGUACGGUUCCAAGACCGUAUGUAUCAGAAAGAUCCAGUCAAGGCUAAGACCAAACGCCGACUUGUAUUGGGGCUGAGAGAAGUUCUCAAACACCUGAAGCUCAAAAAGUUAAAAUGUGUCAUUAUUUCUCCCAACUGUGAGAAGAUACAAUCCAAAGGUGGGUUGGAUGACACUUUGCAUACCAUUAUUAAUUAUGCCUGUGAGCAGAACAUUCCAUUUGUGUUUGCUCUCAACCGCAAAGCUCUGGGACGCAGUCUAAACAAAGCCGUUCCUGUUAGUGUGGUCGGGAUAUUCAGCUACGAUGGAGCCCAGGACCAGUUCCACAAGAUGGUUGAACUGACAAUGGUGGCCCGUCAGGAGUACAAGACCAUGCUAGAAAGCAUAUGCCAAGAGCUGGCUGAAGAGCAUGGUACUUACAUGUCACCCAGCCCACCCACACAGAGCUCAGGGAACUCUUUGGAGGAUGCACACCCAAACCCCAGUGAGCAAGAAGAGCCACAUUACAUUGAAAUCUGGAGAAAACAUUUGGAAGCGUAUAAUCAGUGUACCCAGGAACUCGAAGAAACAUUAGAGGCUUCAACUUCUCAAGUGAUGAAUUUGAAAUUAUAAGGAAGGAGCCGUGUGUGUGUGUGUGUGUGUGUGUGUGUGUGUGUGUGUGUCCUCGUGCGUGCACACGUGUCCAUAUUUUGGGUAAAGGGGUGGGUUAGAUAAGACAUUGUCUUAUUCUCAGUUCUUCAUUGAUCUACUGUAUUGGAUUCAACCAUUCAAUAUGCCAACUCCGCAGAGUGAAAGAAUGUUUGUAGACAUGGCUUGUUGGGUACCAUACUGUGAUAUAGCUUUGGCUUUCUGACCACUGGAUUUGCAGAAUACUGCCGAAAACAUGAUAUUGAGACUACUUUGGUUGCUAAAGAAACUCCUCUUACUAUUACAGAACAAUUAAACAAGUUAUAAAUUCCACCUGUCUGCAGGAGCCCGGUAUUGUAUUUACUGAGUGCCAGGUGGAUUAGGACCAUUUUAAUUGGCAGGAAGUAGAAGAAAGUGCCAUUCCUAAUCUUACUUUUUUUCCACCUCCCAGGAAGCUAUCACUGCUGUAUAGGAAACUAGUGUAAAGUCUUCUUUGAGUGAUGCUAACAUUAGAGCAAAGAGGGGCAUGGUGAAUGAAGUGUUUAUUUCUCAGGGGAUGUAUGUUUUCACAUUUAAAGAUUAAAAAUUUGCUAAAAUGAGUCACUGAAGGGAAAAAAAUGUUUUCUAAUCUAACUAUUUAGUCUUAAUUAAAAAUGCAUAGCGAUGUUUUGACAUUUCAGUUUUGAUAGUCUUAUAAACGUUCUUAUUUUAAAUGAACACAUUCUGAAUUCUUUGAGACCAAAGGGAAGACAUUUACUUUCAUAUUUUUCCUAUAAGUAAGAAGACUAACUUAUUUUUAAUAAAUAGUGAUUACGUUUAUGUAA